GGCAAUGAUUGAGCCCCAGACUGUUUCCCUCCACAAACAGCAAUCAACACUCUACUAUUCUGUAAUAUGAAAAGCCUGUGUUACGAAGAUCUCGACGUACAAUACUCCUCGAUCGCCACUGUGUAUGCCCCGACAGGAUAGUGGCUCCUUCGAUUUCUGCUUUCUUGACAUUUGCUCUCCACUUUUGACUUCCAUCCUAAUGAAUUGAGAGUCUGAUUAAGCAGCUCGUCGGAGGUACUAGCUGCCACCAAGAUACGUAUCCGGUACGACGCGCCGAAAGACAACGGUAAAGUACAAACAUGACGCGAACUAAGUUGAUCAACAUGGAUUCUGGAGCACUUGAACCUUGCGCUAUCAAUGCCAUGCCAUCAUAUCUUGCAGCUUCUCAUGCAUGGUCUGAUAACAUGUUUGCAAUACAGACUGAUUACAAGAACACGCUUGGUGGAGCCAUGAUCGAGACUUCCGUCCGCACACUUUUUCCCAACAUAAAAUAUUGCUGGAUCGAUACGAUAUGCAUCGAUCAAAAUGACGAAGCAGAUAAGAAACUUCAAAUACCUCUGAUGGGUGACAUAUAUGGAAAUGCGCAAGCGGUUGUGGUUAUUACAACUUGUGAUUUCCCACGUUGGAUGACACAGAAUUACUUGGAUCAACUCACCAGGGACCUAGGUGAAGCUAUUGCAAUUUCUAGGGAGGAGGAAUAUACAGAAUCCAUGUCGGAGUACUGGUCGCAUGGGGAUGGGCGACAAAAAAUCAUUGAGGGGAUGGAUUGCCUCGAAUUAUUCACCAGGACCCGAUGGGCUGAUCGAAUCUGGACAUUGCAGGAGUAUAUUCUUGCUCGACAAGUCGUUUGGGUUGGCAAAGAAAACGUAUGCCUCAGAAUAGAUGAUGUGAUGUUUAGUGCACUGCCUGAUUUAUGUGAUGUCUUCAAUAUCGGGGAAGCAAUAGGUGGGAGGUAUGCUAAGGUCUAUGACUUUUAUACUGGCAUGGUGAAUGCUGGAGCUGGGAAAAUCGACCAGACUCGUGUCAUGGAGCUCUUGGGAAACCGCUCGGCUUCCUUUCCAGAUGAUGAGAUCUAUGGUGCAAUGGCAGCUUCGGGAGUAGUCAUAACACCAGGAGUAGUAACUGGACAAGACAAUGUUUGGGCCCUUUGGUGGGAGGAAGCAAUACGUCAAGGGCAUCAUCGUUGGGCGUUUCUUCCUCCUGUCAUAUCUGAAUCCACCAGCACAAACUGCAUAAUGCCACCGUUCAAGUCGCGUCACAAAUCCUCACAGUAUUCUGGACUCGAUACAGUACAUGUUAAAGAGGGUAAAGUUAUCAUUUCCGAUGGGAGCGUAAACAUGCAAGGCCGCUGGGCCGGUUCAUGUCGCAUAAUAAGGCGCUUAGGUAAAGUUUAUCGAGAUUUGAACGGGGGUCUCUGUCGAGAUAUAACAAUGAUACUUUUCGCCAGUGGUCGUUGGAAACUAGCUUUACGGCUUGUUGCAGCAUUCGGUGGGGGGAGGUAUUCCUGGAAGCAAAGUUUAGCAAUUGCGCAGGUUCUACAAGCGAACUAUCAUGGUGCUAGAAAGACCGCUCGCUCGGAAAAAGGGCACACGAUGGUUUUCCGUAAGCUUACAGAGUUUCAAAGAACAAUCUGGGGCGAUUUUAUGAGGCUUAUGAUGAGUCAAAUGAUUCCAUUGAAUGAUGGAAUAGCAUAUCUCGCCUGUAUCAAGAACACUUCAAAGUCAACGGAUAUCAUCGUAGUGAGCGAUGAUCAUCAGCCUUUAAACAGGCUUCACGCUCUUGAUUUCGGUAUACAAGAUGUUAGCGAAAGAUCUCCUUUCAUGAUUGUUUCAGCACCAAAAACUGAUGUAAAAGUUUACGAUGGGGCUCCUGCCAAACCUCUUCAUAAAAUUGGAAUGUCUCUGCCAACGAUUGUUUGUAAAACAUUGCGCAAAGCAAUUGUUUACAAGUGCCAUUUCAUCAACUCAAAUUCACAUGAAUUCAAUAUUGGGGGCAAGGCAUGUUGGUUUUGCUCAAAGACUACCAACGUUAGAGGAUCUCAAGAAGGCGCUGAAAUUUUUUAUUCAUGACAUAGUGCCUACCCGAAUUGAGUUAAGAAACAAACAGACAUCAGAAACUUAUGGCAGUCUGUUCGGGAAGUUCUUGACCCUUAUCUGCAUACACAGCAUGAUGUCGACACGUAUUUUCACACCCAUCAUCUCUCACCGCAAAAGGUUAGUAAGCAAAGUUCAUAAAAUUUAGUCCAUCCAGGUUUUUCUGUGUUCUUUGCGUGGUUUUACUACCUCACCAAGAACGGUAACCCAAGUUAUAGAUGGGACAGUGGAUUUGCCCAGGCAUAGAUAUGGUUUUGUAAGGAAGGCAUAAAGAAGCACGAGACAUGCAUAUGAUUUCUUCUGCAACCUGUUAAUUGAUUAUUUUUAUUGGCCAAUCAAUAUUGUGAUUCUGAGCGAUAGUCAUGUAAACUUAACUUGCUGACAUUUGAAUUCGCCAGUGCCAUCUAACUCAGAGUAGCUAACGGACAAGUUUAAAUUUUUCAGAUCAAACCCCAGAACAGCUGGACAGUUUUUACACUUGAAAUGGUGAUGAAUGCGCAACGAAUACCUUUAUAUAUUGGA